CUUCAAAGCCUGUAAGCUUUCAGCUAUGUUUUCUAAGCUCCUAAUGUGGUUUCUCCUCAUGAGACUCGCUGCUUCUGAAGGCGACUACAAUUUCAUUUACAACGGAUUCCGCGGCGCUAACAUAAGCCUGGACAGCUCUGCAGUGAUCACAUCCAAUGGCCUCCUGCUUCUCACCAAUUCCACAAAUCAAAAGGGCCACGCCUUCUACCCCAAUCCCCUUCACUUCAAACCUUCACACGGUAAAACUCAAUCUUUCUCUAUCAAUUUUGUCUUUGCGAUCAUGCUCCGAUAUCCGAGUGUGAGUGCCUCUGGGAUCGCCUUCAUGAUCUCACCUACAAAAGAGUUCCCAGGAGGUGAACUAGGCCAAUUCUGGGGCAUCUUCAAUCCGACAAACAUAGGCAAUUCAUCAAAUCACAUAGCUUCCAUCGAGCUUGACACAGCUCUUGAUCCAGUUUUCGGUGAUAUCAAUGAUAACCAUGUUGGAAUCAACAUCAAUGGCUUAGUUUCUAACAUAUCCGCUCCUGCAGCUUACUUUACUAAUAGUGGUGGGUUUAAGAAUUUAAGCCUGGUAAGCGGAGAACCUAUGCAUGUCUGGAUAGAAUAUAAUGGUGUCCAAAACCAAGUCAAUGUAACACUAUCUCCUAUCGACUUACCUAAACCUGAUCGUCCACUCUUGUCAUGGACGGUGGAUCUUUCAUCGAUUGUGUUAGAUGACAUGUAUAUCGGUUUCUCCGCAUCUACCAAAGUGGCUCCAGUAACUCAUUACAUCUUGGGGUGGAGCUUCAAGAUGAAUGGUCAGGCUCAGGCCCUUGAUCCCUUCCACCUUCCUAAGCUUCCACGGAUAGGAUCCAAAAAGAAAUCAGGGCUUUUAACAAUUGGGUUACCCGCAAUUGUUCCAUUUUUCACGUUAAUGGCCAUCUCGGCUGUCAGUCUCAUCGUGAGAAGGAAGAUCAAGUUCACUGAAGUACUAGAGGACUGGGAGCGUGAAUAUGGAACCCAUCGGUUUUUGUACAAGGAUCUAUACAUGGCCACUAAGGGCUUCACAGACAAAGAGCUCCUGGGGGUCGGAGGUUUUGGAAGGGUUUACCGAGGAGUUUUAUCGGCCUCAAAGGUCGAAGUGGCUGUGAAGAGAGUUUCUCACGAAUCUCGACAAGGGAUGCGGGAAUUCAUAUCCGAGAUCAUGAGCUUGGGUCGCCUCCGUCACCGGAACUUGGUCCAACUUCUGGGUUACUGCCGGCGAAAGAAAGAGCUCCUACUGGUCUAUGAUUUCAUGCCCAAUGGGAGUUUGGACAAGUUACUCUUUAACCAUCCAAAUUCAAUGCUGAGCUGGAAUCGACGGUUUCGGAUAAUCAAAGGAGUAGCUUCAGGGCUUCUCUACUUGCAUGAGGAAUGGGAGCAGGUGGUCCUUCACAGAGACAUCAAAGCCAGCAAUGUUUUAUUAGACAGUGAGAUGAACGGUAGAUUAGGUGACUUCGGCCUUGCCAGAUUGUACGAUCAUGGGACUGAUCCACAGACGAGCCACGUGGUGGGGACCUUCGGAUAUCUUGCACCGGAGCUGACUAGGAUCGGGAAGGCCACCAGAAGCACUGACGUGUUCGCAUUCGGAGUUUUCAUGCUCGAGGUUGCUUGUGGGAGGAGGCCCAUCGAUCUCCGAUUAUCGGCGUAUGAGGGGAUCUUGGUCGAAUGGGUGUCCGAAUGCUGGAGGAGAGGGACAAUACUAGACGCGGCGGAUCAAAAACUGGGACAUGACUAUGAGGUGGAGGAGAUGGAGCUGGUGCUGAAGCUUGGAUUGCUAUGUUCACAUCCGUUGUCGUCUGCAAGGCCAAGCAUGCGGCAAGUAAUGCAGUAUUUGGACCACGAUGCACCUUUACCCAAGCUCUCAUCCGAUGGUUUGGGUGCAGCAAUCGUGGCCGUGGGCCAGUAUAAAGGGUCCGAUGAUCUACGCUUCUCAUGUCCUUCUUCUUUGGAACAGGGGUUUGGAAGCACGACAUCGGUCCAAGAAUCGGUUCUCUCCGAUGGCCGUUGAUGGACAUUGGUAAGGCGUGAUUCGGAAAUCGACUAGUUGAGGUUGCUUCCUUUGUAAUCUGUCGUAAUUUUAUUUUUAUUUUUUUUAUUUU